AUGGCUAAUUCAUACUUACUAAUUGCAAAUUAAGCAUUUAUCAUGCAAUCAACUCAUAUCAACUCUUAAUAUAUUGACAUUACAAGUUCAGAUCGAAGAGUAAAUUACUCUCGUUCAUUAUAAAUGAGUAGCUACUAAGUACCCUAUUCUAAUGCCUACCUAUAUUGGAAUAUUGUUUAAGACUGUUCAGAGUUUGCAGGUAAAGUUAUGGAUACUAUGGAUUUGAUUAAGCCAGGGUUUUACGUGGAUGUGCAUCUUUUCUCAGACAAUUCUACAAAAACCUAUCCUGAUGGUUAAGGCAAAAAAAGAAUUUCCUUUUUCUAUACAACUUAAAUCAACAAUCGUCAAGAAACGAGACUUUAUUACUUUGCAAUCACAAUCGCUCCUAAAGAUGAUUAUAAGAACUAUACUUCAAUACUUGAUUCCAAAUUUUGGAAUUUCCGUGAAUAUCUUAGAAAUAACUAAUAAUCAUCUACUCGCACCAUGAAUUCUGGAGCCUUGAGAACAGCGAAUGCUGAUUGCUAAUUAGAUGGAGCAAUGGUUUUCUGGAACUGGAGUGGCUAUUAUGCUACCAAAUUUGAAUAUCCUCUUAAAACUGAAUCCAAAAACAAAUAUAGUUACUUGAAUGGUAGAAUGGCCUGUGAGCAUCAAGAAGGCUUCGGUUUUUGCAUCUUUGUGUGA